GCGCGGUGCUUUACACCAUUUACAUAAAAAUGAAAAACUUGAGUCUAUUCCAUCAAAAGAAUAUCUUCACCGCUUGUGAAAAUGCUUGCUGUGUUUCAGUGGAUGAAUUGACGGGAGUUGUUGCAAUCUCAUCCGAGCAAAAAUUGGUUGUUCUCGAUAGAAACGGGUCUUACUACUUCAGAUCAGACAAUAGUUUUGGACAAAUAAUUCUAUGCAAAUCAUACGAACACUCUACUGUGUAUAUUGUAUUUCGUUUCGGCAUUCUGCUUUGGCGGUACAGCGACGACACUGUUCUCGAUUCGUUUUCCAUCACUCAAGCAAUCGAGUUCGCUUCCUUUUCUCCCGAAAGGUCUCACAUUGCAUUGGUUUCCGCAGAUAAUCUCGUCACUUUACUAACUCUCUCCUUGAAACACUUAUCCACUGUGAACUUAACCCAAGAUGGGUUUGGAAAGGCCGCACCCGUCACCGUGGGAUGGGGCAAAAAGGAGACACAAUUUCAAGGGUCAAAGGGGAAACAGCUUUCGCUUUCGCAGUCUGAGAUGACCUAUCCGUCGAGCGAUAGCGGUCUUCAAACACUUGCUUGGCGCGAUGAUGGGCAGUAUUUUGUCGUGUCCUGCUUGGAUACUAAGCAAGGCAACCAAAGGUACCUUCGAAUUUUCACCCAGUCCGGUGAACUUUUUUCGACAUCUGAACAAGUUGGAGGCCUGGAACCUACCUUAUGUUGGCGACCUCGGGUGCAGCUGAUUACCACCACGCGACGACGUCCAACUCGUGGGUUGGAUGUUCUUUUCUUCGAAUCUAACGCUGAGAGACAUGGCGAUUUCGAGCUUCUCGAUGAGAAUCUGGAAUCAUACUACAGCGUCCAUCAGAUAUCAUUUGAUGAACAUGGUGACGUUUUGGCCGCACUGUGUUUUCCGCGUUGUGAGCAGUCACAGAAGAGUCCACCUUUCAUUCGGUUGAUCACAUGCUCAAAUUAUAAAUGGUCGGUCAAGCGUGAUUUUAUCUUCAAAGCCAUUGGUUCGCCCUUUGAUGGCACAAUUCGUGGCCCAAUUGCUUACACUUGGACCACAGGCUCUCCCCGAGUCGGUUUGUGCUCUUUACUUUCUUGUCAACCGAUGGAAGUGAAGUCAGAUGCACAAACCUUGACCGGGACGCUUCUACGAUCAUGGAGUCUAUCUGCUGCCUACGAUUUCCACUACUGGUCUGCCGCAAGUCCUACAGAGACUACAACUUCUGGUUCCCCAGGAUUUAUCGCUGUGAUAGACAAGUGUUCCGUUCAGCUCACAGCAUUGGCGCAUUCAGUUAUUCCUCCUCCUAUGUGUUCUACUCGUAUAACUUUUGGGUGGGGCCCAGACGCUGUGUCCAAUGUGCUCUGUCCCACUGUCAGUUCUGUAUCUUUCCCUACUCCGUGGGUUGAUGUACCCGAUCAUUCACCGAUCCCUUUACUAAUCCAAUUGGAGUCCCUCUCCUCUUUUCCUGAGCUGAUCGUGUUAUACCUGUGCUGUGGCGUAGAUGGACAUCGAUGCAAGGAGAUCAACCUUGGGCGCUUCAUCCUGGAUUUUGAAUGGCUCACUGGGUCUCAAAAGACGGCUCCGUGGCCAAAAUAUGCCCAUGUUGUGGAUUUAUCGUCCCUCGCCUCCUGUUGGCCCUAUGGAACGGAACUAAACCACUUUUGUUGGAUCAGUUAUUCACAAGUUGCGUUUGUCGCUUGGGGUGGCUACCGCAUAGGACUACUUGAAUUGGGCAAUACCGAUGCUUCUGAAUCCGCUUGCCCAUCUUCUCAACUCAGGUGGAUUGUGCUCCUAGACACUUGUCCUCAGAGCUCUGGCCAAGUGACUACCUCUUAUGAUACCGCGCUGCCUCGCUUCUGUGGGUUGUGCCUCGAUCCCGAUGGCUAUUUGUGCGCUCUACUAACGAACGGAAAUGUACUGUUUUUCGGUGUGACCAAGCUUUUGAGUUCUGUAAACCCGACCAUUAUUCCCUCCAACAACGGGGAGCUGCUCUUUCUGGAUAUGUCUGAUCCACCGCAUCACAUUGCCUCUUUGCCACUUCCGUGCGAGCAAUUGGCAGUAAUCCGCUUAAUAUCCAACACUGAAAAACAAAGUACUCGUGAAAAUAGAUCACGGGAAGCUACGUCCUUCAUGACUGUGGCGCGUUCGAUUCUCUUGGGAUUUCACAAACCUUCUCAACGUCUCUACGGUGUUCAGAUCCCCUCACACUCAGCGGACUACCCCACUCGCUUUUCGCUUGACCGACCGGAGCCGGCUAGUGUCCUCAUGGAAUUGUGUUCCUCCUUCAUCAUCCUUCCAAAUUUCUUGCUUGUCACAAGUGUUCGGCGACUACUCGUUUGCGUUCCGUUGCUUAUGGAUCCAUCUGCACUCACGAAUCCGGUCGCUUGCUUUUCAGAGCUAACCACAAGGCUAUCGAUACCACCUUCAUUAAUUUCCAUGAAUCCUGUCAAGUCACAUAACUGGUACGAUGACUAUUUGCAUCCGAUUGAAAGGGAUGCAUUGUUAGUGAGCGCAAUUCCGAAUGAGGCCAGAGUAAUUCUACAACCACCGAGAGGAAAUCUGGAAGAAGUUCACCCGAGAGCACUCGUGUUGACACUUUUGGCCAAUUUAUUGAACUCCCUGGACUAUGUGAAUGCACUAGAACUCAUGCGUCGUCACCGCAUUAAUCUCAAUUUGCUGCACGAUCACAAUCCUGUCAAAUUCAUGCGAAAUUUGGAUCAUCUCGUGAAGACGGUCGCCAACACUGAUCUGAUUACACUGUUUGUUUCGGAAUUGGUUAACGAAGAUGUUUCGCAGACUGUUUACGGGAAAUUUUAUGGCAGCCCGUCUGCACAGUUACUCCGGAAUCGACCGGCUGAGACUACCACUCCCGAUGUACUGUCGAGCCGUUCUGGUACUAAAGUCAACAAUAUAUGCGACGCACUGAUCCAUCGAAUGCGCCACGAUAAACGCUUUCUGUUACCGGUUUUGACUUGUUAUGCGAAGAAAAUCCCCUCUGAUUUGCAUAGCGCACUUUUGCAACUUCAAGAGUACCAUGAAUGCGGUGAAAACCAAGUCUGGGAAAGUGGUGUAAAACAUCUGCAGUAUUUUGCAACCCCGGUAGAAUUGUACCGAAUCGCUUUGGGUACGUACAAUCUGGACUUGGCACAAUUGAUGGCUCAGAGGACCAAGCUUGAUCCCAAGGAGUACUUAACCGAUCUUAAUGAUUUUCGUGCCGUCGCGCAUCGCAGCCACCCGUCGGAUAAUCCCGUGACAAACCACAUCGCUUAUCAGCGCUUCAGAAUUGACCAUCAUCUUCAACGGUAUUCGAAAGCACUGGACCAUCUAAAUCAAGCCGGUCCCGAAUACACUCCCGACCUUAUAAACUAUGCCGAAGAUCAUCAUCUCCAUCACCAGGCUAUGGAAUAUUUUGAGCCAUAUUCAAAGGAAUCAAAGUUAAUUGGUCGUUCUUGGGCAAGUCAUCUCGUGAAGGAACAGAAGUUGUACUUAGCGGGUUUGGUUUAUCUUCGAUGUGGCCUGUUCGCUUCCGCCGCACGAGUAUUUCUGUCUUGCUUGCAAGCGCGAAUGUGGUCGAUUGCUGCCGCUCAAGCUCGUACGAUGCGUUUGGAAGACGCAGAUGCAGACGUUUGCUUAGGUGAACAGGAACAUCUUGACCAGGCGCGGAAGUUGGCAUCUCGUUUGCAAGAUUUGGGACGCCACGAUGAAGCAAUCAUGAUAUAUACGGAUCACUUAAAGGACCCGAAUUCUGCCCUGAUUUCCGCUCUGAAUGGUGGUUGUUGGGUCGAGGCUCGUCGCCUGGCGUCUCUGUAUUCAAUAGCCGGACUGUUGGAUAAGAAUAUGAAACCAAAGCUGAUGCAUUCUUAUUCGAAUCUUUUCGAACAACUGUCGGAAGUGCGUACAGAAUUCACGAAACUUUUCGAACGAUUGACGGUGUUACGACGCAUUCAUAAAGACGAAGCACAAGCCAAUCGCAUCGCUGAAUCUUCUGGAGACAUCAAUGCUAUCGAUCAUUCCAAUGUCGAAACGGAGUCUUUCUCAGAUGAUAGUAGUAUGUCUGGGACCAGCACAUCUGGCUCCAUCGACGGAUUCAGCCUGCGAUCUAGUUCGAUGACAAGUCUGCAUCGUUCAACAAAGGGACGGAAAAAAGAAACUCGGAGAUGGUCCACGAAACCAGGGAGCAAAUACGAAGAAGUCGGAUUGUUGAAUUCCCUGACGCGUUCCAUCCAAUGCACUCAGCGGUUGGCCGAUGAAGUUGCUACUUUAAUUGUUGAGCUUUGGAACGUCGGUCUGGUGACAGAAGGCCGCAAGCUCCAACAACACAUGAACGAGUUGCUAGCUGAUCAGAAGACCGCGAUCCCAAUGAUUUGGGAUAAAUGCAUCACUGAAAAGGUAAAGUACCGGACGAGUUAAAGAAGCCUUCUAUUUGAGCAUUUCAUUACAUUUAGACCAUCUGCUAACCUGUUCUUACUUUCCUGUUUAAAGCAGUUGGAUCCCCAUAUUACGUUCGAUAACGAGGGACGAAAGCAGUAUCCCUUCAAAGAAGUGUUCAUGGAGUACGCCCCAGACGUGAAGACCACUGCUGUCGAAUGCUUUUUAUUAAAUCCAAAAUGACGUUCCGAGGGUUACCAGAGUCAGAAGCCAUGUAAAGCUGGACAUUUUGUUAUGAAUGCUUUGUGUACAGCUUGUGAAAGCUAAUAAAAACGUGAGAAGUUAU